AUGGAUGAAGGGGAUAGUAGCGGGGGAGUUGGUGGCGCUGAUCGGAAGGAUUAUGGAAACGAUCGUUCAUCUAUCCCCCCGUUUUCCUCGGAAAACAAUAUAACUUCAACGAGAAGCUACAUACCCGAUAUUUUCACCACCGCUACCGCUGCUGUAUUUGACCACAAGUUAUCAGCGGCCAUCACCACCACCACCACCAUCAGCACCAAUUCCGUCUCUGUUAUCAAAUACGUUGCUGAGUCGUCGUCGUCGUCAUCGACGACGACACCCGCGGCACUCGCGUCGACAUUGGCGACGGUGAACCAAACGGGAGACAAUUCAAGCGUAGCAGAUGUAUUAAUCUUGAUCAGUAUUGACGGCAGCGAUGUAAACAUAUCCGGAACAGAUAACAACAUGUCUAACCACUCUUACCUUCUUGAGGAGGAGGUCGUUCACCCGACUCUGCAGCUACAGCCAUGUCAACCAUGUCCACCGUGCUUUUUAGGUAGUAGCAGUGGCAACGACAACGAUGACGACGACAACAACUACAACAACAACAAAGCCAGCCACAGCAGCAGCAGCAGUGCACCACUUCUGGAUACUAGCGGAAUAAUCGGGAUCGCUGUGGGAAUUGUCCUGCUCGUCCUGGCUAUCCUGGGAUGCGCGGCAUCACGCUACAAUUUAUUUCAGCGCUGCAUGGCACGGCUGCACGCACACAGGACUGUCGAUCUUUUUGCGGUUCGAAUUCCCAGAACUCCAUCCGCUCCGCCACAUCCCUUUGGUGGCCCUGGCAACGGCCGCCAACCACCGCGCUCAUCGCGCCCAUCAACAUUCUUGGGAUUCCAUAACUCUAACGCUAAUCUAAGAGGUCCCUGGCCGCCAGGAUCCGCUGCAACAACAGCUUCGCCUCAUCAUCCACCUUGUCCAAAUGACGACGUUACCGGGUUUGACGGCAUUAACACCGCUGACCCUAACCAGGAGUGGGAAAAUGUGAAUUUGCGACUCGACAACAGUAUUAAUCGUCUAGGCGAAAGAGUUAGUGUCAUGCGGGCAGCUCUGUCUCGCGGAGAACAACAGCAGCCGCCGCCACAACUACCGCACAGGCAGCCGGGGAAUUUUUCCCUGGAAAGCGUUUCUGGAAGCAACCCACCAUCAGAUUCCUCUUAUCACAGCGCCAUCGACCCGGAGCGAUACAACAACACAGACCGGGAAGCUGUUAACGAUAGUAUGGCCCAUUUCGUGGAGAAUAUGGAUGAACGGACCAGAAGACUGUCUGCUGUGUGGAGCCGAAGCGUGACGGACCCAGCCUUUCCCGCCCAUAUGGCCGCCUUCUCGACCAGUAUUCUGUAUGAUACUGUUGCAAGUGGACCUGAAGGAGAGCGUCAGAUGGCUGAUGGAAUUCGAGCGUGGCGCGAAAUGGACUUGGAAGUUCGGGCACAGGGUGGUCCAAGCGAUGAAUUUGAAGCGCAGCGUGAAGAAUUCAAACGUCGCCGCGAGCGUUUCAAGCGACUUCGGCGUCAGACACAGUAAUUCGAUCAUCGGUUGCGUUUCCUUGAUUGAUACAUUGUAUGUAUAUACCUAUACCCACACAAUUUUGUAUUUUAAUACCCAGAACUAAGGUUUUGAAAUUUGUUACGGAAUUGCUUUUUAGUUGAUCUUUUGUUAUAUGGCUGCAUAAUGUUGGAGCUUUUUUGUUUCGACAAUUCCUGUUAUUUCCUAUGCUGGAUCACUUACGUUUACAUUAUGU